AUGGGUAAGAAACGCCGAUUGCCACUUGUAGACGUCGGCGAAGGACCCUCGAGUUCACGACAGAGAGGGGAGGAGCUGCAAGCCGCCCAUACUAGUGAUGCUGGGUCACAACCCACAGGAAUGGAGAGGGACCAUCCAUUGACAAUUGUGCAAGUUGGCCAAGGUUCAUCACGCUCACGAGACAUCAUGCAGGAGGAGUUAAGGGCCGCCUAUGAUGCUGAGCACGCAAGAUGGGAGGAAGGAGAUGAUGAUGAUGAUGAUGAGACACAGCCGCCUUCUGCAGACGAUUUGGUCCAAGAAACCGCACCAUCCAAUGAUGGGCGUGCAGAAGAUGCAGUUCGGGAAACCCCAAUAUCCAAUAAUAUAAAUAAAAGACGUGGAAUAACGCUAAUGCAGCGAAUAUGGGCUCUUCCACCGAACAAGAAACUUGUAUGUGGGUUAAAUGGGAGCAUGCAACCGGUUGGGGAAAGCGGGCAAACAUUCAAAAGGUGGUUGGGCACCUUAUGCAUCUGCCGCAACUAUUGCCCACUUAUGCCUGCUACUUGGACGCAUGUCGACCGUAAAUGCAAAGAAGACGCCUGGGUAGAGAUAGAGAAAAAGUGGAUCAUUGACCCAGAUAUUAUCAAACCAGCAAAUCAAAUGAACUGGGCAAUGCACUUAAAUGUCUAUACCGAGUACAGUGUUUUAACUGAUUUGUUUGUUUUAAUUUGUUGGCGGGAAUGUGUAAAGGAAUUAACGGAUACGAACAAGAGAAGUCGUUCGUUUCAGACGGAUAUAGCGAGGACAGGGCCUAUAAGUUUUGCACAAACUGCUGACAAUAUGGCAAAAGAAAGCGGCCAAGCAGUGGAGCGUGCAAAUGUUUUCAUAAAAGCAUACUGCACGAAAGAUGGGACUCCUAUUAGUAAUGAAGUGCGAGACAAGAUUGAUAAAAUGAAAGAAAUUUUAGACAACGGGGGCAAACUAGUAGGAGACCAUCGCGAUGGAAUUCUCUGGGCAAAAGAUGAUGCGUUCGCUCAAGUGAUGGGCAAAGAACGUUCUGGACGUGUCCGUGGGGUCGGUUUUGGACCAACCCCAUCAGGAAGAAGUGGGUCCAACCUUCCAUGUGUGCAUGGGCCGUCGUCCACUGAAACGGCCCAACGAAUGACUGCAUUGGAAAAUUCGAUGAAGGACCAACUUGCUGACUCAGAGCAAAGGCAUCAGCAGCAACUGGCCGAAGCACUGGCCGAAGCAAAGCGGGAGUUAGAUGCACGGCAUGAGCAGCAACUAGCCGAAGCACUGGCCGAAGCAAAGCAGGAGUCAGAUGCACGGCAUGAGCAACAACUGGCCGAAGCAAUGCGCGAAUCAGAAACACAGCAUCAGCAGCAGCUGGACGAAACAAAGCGGGAAAUGGCCGAUACAAAGCGGAGAAUGGAUGAAAUAGUAGCCUUCUUACAAAAGAACAUGGCUUUAAGUUUAAGCGGUUAUUCAGGAUAGCGCUACAUCAUAGUGAGGACUCUUCGUGGACUCUUCAUGGACUCUUCAUGUAUAAUUGUUUGGAUAUUCGGAAUAUUGUAACUUCGUGGAUAUUGAAAAUAUUGUAAACAUGAUUGUAAUAUUGUGUCAAAUGGACUAUACACUCUUCGUGGACUCUUCAUGUAUAGUUGUUUGGAUAUUUCUUUAGAGAAAAUUCAUGCUUGAGAAAAUUCUUACUUGAUAUUUUGUUGGAA